AUGGCGUCUGAAGGAGACCUUGACCGGUCUGAUCCAAAUGCUUUCAUAAAGCGGUUCGACCCAUUAAUACUCAUCGCAUCACCGACAGAAGUUCGUCGGGAGGCUCAGGAGAGAUCAAAUAAUAUUUUCAGCAGCUAUGGCAACUUACACGAUAUUCUUGUCCGCCACGAGGCAACCAUUCAGAAGCGCUGGAAUAAGAAAACGAGGCAGCAGAAGCAGAAGAUUUUGUUGGAUGCAUGGCCAGACAUGGCAGUAACACAUCGCCCUGACUUUGAUGCUUUCUGGCGGACCGGUAGAUCUCAUGUAGGCACAUCUGGAGAAAGGUUUAGGGACUGCUAUCUAUUGCCUCAAAUCAAUCAGGAAGAUCUUCUGAAGCCGAAAACCCUUCUCCUACUACUGAACGCGCGAGGACGUAACUCGCCGCCAGAAUUCGCUGCUGCCGACGUCGAAGCAAUGCACCUAGGCUUAGUAUCUAAGAAUAUAAGGGCUAUAUUCCUAAACGAGCAUACUAUGACCCUUCACGGCGCUACUAAUGCUAGUGAAUACGGUAAGCUCUGGGAGUGGAGCGAGCACCCCGACGCCUUCGACUGGAUGCAUACUCAAAAGCAAUUCCUCCCUGGCGAGGGCUUGCUCAUUCUUGAGGCCCAAGAGAAGAUUAUGAAGUUUCUGGUUACUUGCUGCCAAUAUAUACUGCACGAGAUUCUAGCGGAUAAUCUCAUAGCAGAUACAUUUCCCGUUCAAUCUGAGCCGCAUUUGAAGACAGGAAAGGAAACGAAUGGCUUUGAUUCUUUGGCGGUGAUGGCAGCAGAGAUGCCUUAUCGACUACCUGCCAGGCUAGAUCUUAACCGAAUUGAGUCAGUCCUUGGCGCCAGACUAUCCGCAGCUGAGGACCAUCUAUGGGCCAUACGAGAAGAUCCAGCAUAUUUUCUUGAGCAGCUCAUUGAGACUAAGGAACAUCGGCAAGAGCUAUUAAGGGAUACUUUUGGGGAUGAACACCCCAUCUUCCGGAAAGUUCACCAAAAGACGUUCUGGGCUCGCGUCUAUGGCACAGUUAUUUUCGAGUCCUACUUACAACUUGAGGUCUUUUCGGAGCUGUAUCAACAGGCUCAAGCACUAAAGCUACUACAGAUCAAAUAUGCGGCCGUCAUAUCACCUACUAAAGACUUACCUGAGGAAUUGAUGAACGCUAUACUCAAAUUCCGUCAUUAUUUAAACCAGGCAGCGAAAGGCCCCCAGGGUGGGCUACGGGAUGGCGUUGUUGCUUCACCCCCGUGGCGCAAGUACUUUACCCGCGAUCCACCACCAAACUCUACCUCGACCAAGAUUCUUACGUACCAGAAGACUGGCGUAAAGAUGAGCGCCAUUGAGCGCCAGCUCCUCUGGAUUUUCAGUACGCUAUGGGAGGACGGCCAGGAUCUCUUUCUUGCUCGCCUACCGCUGAUCGUCGACGAGCUGGGAAGGCUGCUUGAAACAGAACCACGCGCGCAGGAGCUAGUGUCCCAGAAGAUUACUGGCAUUAUCGGUGACCUAGCCAUCCUUUCGCAUUGCAUAAGCCAGCUCGACCUGUAUCAACCGUGGGCAAGGAGCUUUGAAACAGCUUUAGUCGAUCGGUCAGAUGACAUCGAAAGUGAAUUUAAGGAGCGUACUAAAUCAUGGGGCAUGAUCAUGGAAGCACUUCGAGAUAGCAACCUCGUCCAGGUCGCCCAGAUCGGUAACCCUUCUGAUAGAAGAUUUGCCUACCCAUAUGAGAAGCGCCGGACUAGGCAGAACAUAGAGGAAUUGCAGCAAGCUGAGCAACAUCUCGACCAGUGUUGGGCAGCCAUUGACCUAGUAGUAAAUAAAAAAUGUGAGAGUCUAAAGUGUACGGCUGUCCAUCGCACUCUAUGCCAACCACGUAUGAUUCAACGUACACCAAACUGGGUUGACCCCCCACCAUCCAUAACGAAAGCACCAGGCCGAGAACCAGUCCUGGAUCCAAACAUUGCUGAUCUGUAUAAACCCCUCUCUACCAUCUAUAUUGGAGAACCAGCCAGAAUUACCAGCAACAAACCUAAAACGCUGACACUGAAGACCAAGACCAAGACGAGAGAAUUAUCUUCUAAUACCGCCACGGGGCCAACUACCGUCAUAGAUGAAGACCCAAAACCUGAACCAAUUUCCAUCGCUGUCAACGCCCGCUCUCUUAAGGUAUUUCGGACACUCUUUUUUAACCCGGCUAAAAUGUCUUCGCCUGGCGAGGUCUUAUGGAACGACUUCCUACACGCCAUGACAUCUUCCGGCUUAUUCACGGCCGAGAAACUAUAUGGAUCCGUCUGGCAGUUCCAAAAACUAGAAGGUGACCAGAGUAGAAUCCAAUUUCAUGAGCCGCAUCCUCGGGGGAAGAUACCAUUUACGACUGCGAGGAGACAUGGGAGGAGGCUUCAUAGGGCAUUUGGGUGGGGCAGAGAUACGUUUGUCCUCGAGUAG